ACAACUCUAGACAAUUUUGCAAACAUUCGUCAAACUUCCACUCAACAAAAAACGAGGUUUCCAUGGAAACUAACGUAAAAGAAUAUCAUACUUAAACAUUCUCUUCCUCAAAUACUAAUUCAAGUAUUUCUUAAUGUUCCACUUUUAAGAUUAAAUCGUUCCGUAAAGAGUGGUUGCGUUCCGGACGAUUUGAAAAUGGCGCCUCGACGGCAGCGCCGGAAGCCAUCUGGUUUCGAGGCUUCAUCGCUUGCCAGUCCGUGGAUGUGAACCUUUGUUUUGUACAGAAGAAUGGCUGCCAUCUUUAGUUUUCGAUGGAUGUUUUCCGAAGGGAUCGCGAAUUCUCGUAUUUAUCGUGGUAUUUAAUAACGUAGUAAUAUCCGAAACAGUGAAGUAACGUCGUCCGCGAUGUAAAGAGUGUUUUCUCGUUCGUUAUCCGAGCUGCCCUGGUGUCAGUUCCGUUGAAAAAUGCUUGUGUUUACAUCCAAGUUUAAAGUGAGCCUCUGUAUUCCUGUCAUAUUAAGCCUAUGGUCCGGGAUCCUCAAAUAGCGGAAUCGACAAUUUCGCCGUGAGGCUGCCGAGCGAGGAUAGCGAUUCGAUCGUAACUCGCUCGAGUUUCCAGUUGGCGUGAUCGAAAGGCCUCCAAAACGUCGACCCCGUCGGUGAUCAAGUUAUCGGGGGGUGGAACAGGUGGGGGUGGGGAGCAAUUGUCCCCAGGGCCCGGCCCACCUCCCCCGGUGUCCCCAGCCGAGCGCGGCGACGUCGCCAAGAACGAUGCCGCCCCAACGAAAUGCGUCGACGGCUUUCCUCAGCCCGCUGAAACCACCAUGAGCUUCGUUCUGCAGCUGGGCACGGUGGAAACGGGGCUGGAGAAGAAGGCCAGCAACGGUGGCCAGCCAUCCUCGGCGCUGCUAGCCCAGGAAACCUCUCAUGCCGUCUCCGGAGCCGAGGAUGGCAGCAAAUCCCAGAUCCUCCAGUGUCUGGAGGCCACCACGCAGAUCCCUACCGGCCACGUCAUCUCCUUCUCCACCGUCAAGUCCGUCAGCGUCACCUAUCCGGUGACCAAGGUCACCAGGGACGUUCAGAAGAUAGCUGGGUCCCAGACGAACACCACCCAGGUGUUGACCACCCGCGUCAUCUCUCAGAAGCUACCAUCCUCGAGCCACCAGACCCCUCUGACUCUGAACGCGUCCCCUCACGUCACCCACAUACCAAUAAACUCUCAAUCCUUAUCGUCUCCAGGCAACGGGGUGACCCAUCUGUACCCUCUGCAGCACGCGGCGUCAGCGCAGAGCAAACAUCACGGCAGGAACCAGGUGGUAGGCUGCGAGGGUAAGCAACAGGCAACCAUAGUGUCCGGGCUGCAGGCCAGUUUGCAUCAGAAGAUCCAGUCGGUUCCAUCGCAGCAGCUGGUGAAGGCUGGACAGGUGAAGACCGUAAGCAGUGCAGCUUCCAUGCCGAAUAUCCAGAGGAUAUACGCCAAGGGCCAGAACCUCGUUGGCCAGUCGCAGACGGUGAACUUGCAGAAGGUGAAAGGCGUGGCGAACGUCUGCCAGGGCGUGACCGUUCAGAGGAACUCGGUACCUAGGAUACAAACUGUUCAGAAGGGUCAGGUGUUGACGACGUCCGCUGUUCAGGCGACCCAGUUCGCUGUUAACCAGGUGGUGAACAACGCCGGCGUGCAGAGAGUCCAGCAGGGGAACUCGAACCUCCCGAAAGCGCAGUCCAACGCCAUGGCCGGGCAGAAGGUGACGCAGGUUUACAAUAAUCAGAAGGUAUCGUCGCAGGUAUUGGCUGGCCAUCCUAAUCAUAAGACGCAGCAGCUCGUCGGUGGUCAGCAGGGUAUGCAGAAGCUGCAGACUCAGCCGCAGAAGAGCCUGGCCGUGCCCAGGCAGCAGCUACCUACCACCAUGAACAACGUUCAGAAGUCUUGCAACUCUGUAGCUGGUAUACAGAAGACGCAAGUGCUGGGCCAGGUGCAGGCUCAGCAACAGUCGGCGCAGAUUCAUCACAAGCACGGCCAGCAGGAGCACUCGUCGCAGCACCAGAGAUCCCAGUCCGCGGCGGGUCUGCAAAAGUCCCAGACCGUGGCUGGGCUCAAUUCCAGUAGAGUACAAUCUAUGACGAACGUUUGCAAGAGCAACAGCGUGCCCAACAUAGCGAAGGCGCAGCAGAACUCGAACCUGCUGGCCAGUGGCAAGCAGCAGACCAUGUCGCAGCCACAGUCCCAACAGAUGCACGUACAGAACACCGGUCAGCUUCAGCAGCACCAGCUGAUACAACAGACUUCCCAGCAACCGUCUCAACAGCAUACUGGUAACAAGCAACAGGCAAACGUGAAUCAACAGACGCAGCGGAGUCACAGCGUGGCCAACAUGCACCAGAAGGUCACGGCUAUCGCGACCAUGCAGAACAAUCAACGAAACCAGGUGAACUCCAAGGUGCAGCAGCAGCAAAUGGUGAUGAGGGUAGGGGUGCCGAAGAACCAGGUCCAGAGUCUUCAGCAGCCAGUCAAGAUCAUACAGCAACAACAGAACGUCAUAGGGCCUCAGAACACUCAGAAGCAGCCUGGCUGCAUAAAGACCAUACCGCCUCAGAAGUCUGCACAGCGGAAUCAUCAGCAGAAGGUCGCUGGACUGAAGACCUCGCUGAACGCCAACGUGACCGCCGCCAAGAGUCAGAUACCGACUCCUGCGGCGGGCCAGAAAGCCAGCAUCAAAACGUUGCUCCCUCAGCAGGCUGUCGCGCCCAACAUGUUGAUGCAUAAGAGCCAGCCCGUCAAGGUACAACAACAAACGAUACAGCAAAAGCAGCUUAUCAUGUCGUCCCAGUUUCCGCAGCAAGUUAGACAACAGGCUGGACAAAUAAAAACUUUACUGCCUGUAACUAGUACGGAACCUCGCAAGGAUGUCGAGAUCAAAAUCGAACCUGAGCUGCGCAUACCUAAAGAAGACGAACAUCAAACUGCUCCUAAAUCUCCGAUUAAAAGAAUGCCACUUCCCUACGAGUGUCUUCAGUUCGUUCUCCAAGAUCACAACUACGGAGCACCUCCACCACGAACACCUCCACCACCCUCGCCACCGCCUCAUCCAAAGCAGCAGCCUAUCAAUGGUGCUGGGAGCUCCACUGCGACUUCUCAGCAUCCUUAUAUCUACGGGCAAGUUAUAAUUGGCACCAACGUGGAGGAUGACGCUGCCAGUGCUAUUAGCAGCGAAGCAGGUAGAGAAGCUGAACCGGAAGGUGAAGAAACUGAAACUGCUCCAGAGGGUGAAGGAGACGAUGAAGAUAGUGUUACUAGAUGUAUAUGUGACUUUGAGCAUGACGAUGGGUACAUGAUCUGCUGUGAUCGAUGCCUAGUUUGGCAGCACGUCGACUGCAUGGGCAUAGACCGUUCAAACAUUCCUGACGAGUACCUCUGCGAGAUCUGUCGGCCGCGACGCGUGGACAGGCAAAGGGCCCGCGCGCUGCAGAUGCGCAAGCGAGAGGAACUGUUAAACUCGGACACGUCGUCCGACACGUCGUCCACCAGCUCAGCCGACACGGACGUCGGCGUGAACACGGUUCCAAAGAAGAGAACCUUGCAGCAACACCAAGUGCAGCGGCGGAAGUCCGAACCGCCGCCCCAAGUGAGACGCCUGAACAACAACAACAACAAUAACAACAACGUUGCAAAGAGGCAGAGGAGGGACUCCCACCCGAGACAGUCGAGCGUAGUCCGUAAAAAGGAAACCACUAAACGUGGCCCGGGUAAACGCAAGGUCAAACGAAGGAUGAGCCUCGAGGACAAGGAAGAGGAGACCCAGGACACGUGGAACUCCAACGUGGCGCCGCUCAGACAGUGGAUAGAGCGCUACGAAGAAGCCGUAACGAAUCACUAUAGCCCCGAGCUCAGAGCCAGGAUAUCUUCUAUCAAGGUGAACGGCACGCACGGCGACCUAAGGCAGAGCAACAUGAACGCCAUCGCCACAGGGAAAUGCAGGCUCAACGUGCACAGCAAUAGCGUUAGGUUCCUAGUGGCGACGAUGUACCUUCCACCGAACACGCCGGUGGUGGAGCUCCGGGGAAAGUACAUGCUGAGCACGCAGCACCGGCCGUCGCAUCCCCAGGGACGCCAGCACACACAGAGGCCGGGACCGUUCGUGUUCUUCUAUCGGUUGCCCCGCGACGGGACAGAAGUGUGCGUGGACACUAGAACCUACGGAAACGACGCCAGAUUCGUGCGACGUAGUUGUAAGCCUAACGCGGAAGUAAAGCACUGUAUAGAGAAAGGAACGUUACAUUUGUAUAUCGUGACCACCACCGCGGUGGAGAAGAACGCGGAGAUUACCAUCAGGCACGAGCAACACGACCUGCUGCUGUCGCCUAAUCCCAACGGCCCGAUGAUACCCGUCUUCUGCGCGUGCAACAACCCCAGGGAGUGUCAGGUCGCGCCUGUUAAUCAGUUGACCAGAAGAGGAAGCAACGGGGCGCUCGCCGAGAGCGCUGAUGGCCGAGAAAGAAGACGGAGGGGUAGACGCAACACGAUCUGCGAGGACAGCGAGCCUGCGCCUGUGAUUCCGAGCACCAGCGUGGCCCCACCUACCCCGCCGGUAACGACAGUCUCCUCCGUAUCCGCACCCCCUAGAAGAACGGUGACGACCACCGUGGCGAACACGACUCGCCAGCCUCCGAAAGAGGAGGUACCGACGCCUACCGUUCAGCAACCGCAGGUGUCGCCGACGUUGAGCCAGGCGCCGGCGCCGGAGAGCAAGAAGGACAAGAAGAAGAUGACCAGGGAAGAGAGGAAGAUGGAGGCCAUAAUGAAGGCGUUCGAGAGGCUGGAGAAAGCGGAACAGAGGAAGCAAGAAGUCCAGGCGCGAAAUGCUCAGAGGAAGGAGUCCGGAAGCACGCACAGCGACAACGAGGACGCUCCCAGCGUGACGAUGCAGUCGAAGCAGAAGCAGCAGAACUCCGACAGACCCCUGAGGCGGAAGAGGAGAAAAGGUCGAACCAGGACCACGAGCAGCUCCCAAUCGCAGGGCAGCAGUCGAAGGACCCGGUUGAAUUCCGCGGACUCCGACGUGUCCUCCGGAGAAGAGAGCAAUUCCAUGCAAUCGCCGCCUUUGCUGGGCCAGAAUCACUCGCAGAAUCGGGACGCGCCUUACUCUUCUCAUCUGCACACCUCAGCGAAAAGCGCUGGCGAGAUCGUGAAUCCAGGGUCCGGGCAUCAAGGGAUCCCAACGGCUGCUGGCUUGCUGUUGGCUCUGGCGAACUCAAACGCGCCGGGGCCCAGCUCCCCUCCGUUGCAACAGCCUACGCCAAUGAAGAGCCCGACCUGCGACAGCGGAGCUAGCAGUAGCUCCCAGAGCUCCACGCCAUCCACUCCACUCUCUUCUGCUUGCUUGCUCGUCGCAGCAGCGGUCGGCCCGCUGGCGCCUGGAUUCAAGUUCCCCAAGACCAAGAAGGUCCUCAUGAACGAAUGGCUCAAGGAGUCACCGGACCCGCCGCAGGCCAACGUCCCCCAGGUCUCUCCUCUACCAGCCUUGCCAUCCACCCCUCUUUCUAGCUCCAUAAACCAGCUCUGCAGGUCCACGGACUUCUCGUUGCCAGCGGACUCGUCGGCGGAGUUCUUGAGUCAGAGCUACGCGGCCAAGAGCCUGGCCACUUUGGUCCAAGCCGCCAAUUCGGUCUCCGGGAUUUGCGACUCGCCUCCUCAGCGCAAGCAGACGGCCGCUGGGAACAACGCGUGUCCCGUGUCCUCUGGUUCCGCCAAGAAGAGGUGGCUACGACAAGCCAUCUCCGAGGAGUGCGACUCCCCGAACAGCAGACCCGAAAGUCCACCGCCCAGCGAGAUGGUUGCCCCGCCGAAGAAGAGGAGGAUAGCCAGGGAGAGCCUCUCGUCGGAUAAUUACACACCACCUACCACCCCAACCAUGCUACCCGAAUCUCUGCCCACCAGUAGGACCAUGUGUCCUGUAGAUGAGGAUUUCAUGGAGCACCUGCAGUCGCCGUUGAUGGAACAGAGCGAGGAUCGAAAUCUGGACGGAGAGUCCAUAAAAGAAGAGGUGAACACGCACGAGCAGGUGAAUCCACACUUGAGGCAGAAGCUGUCGAUCGAGAUCCCCCAGGAUUUUCCUGUGAAGAGCCUGAAGAAGGAGGAGCCCGCGGAGAUGAUGCAGAUGGACGUUCCGUUGGUGAAGAGAGACGACGAGAUCAAGGUGAAAGAGGAAUGUAAAGAAGAGAUGGAGUGCGAGGCUCCGGAGCAGCUGGAUUCGAGAACCUUCGUCAAGGAGGAAUUAGAGUCGCCAAUGGUUGACCAUCGAAAGGACAAGAUCAAGAAGGAACACAGCGUGAAGGAGGAACAGGUGAAGGUUGAGCAAGGCACGGUGGAGAUAGUUGACCAAGGCGACACCGAGAUGGAGGAUCUGAGCUCUCCCAUCGCUGCCAUGGAAUCCGACGCUGUCCUGAAGCAAAGAGUAGCUGAGAUGAGGCUCGAGUUCGGAGGAGGCAUGGCCAUGGAGAACGACAAGUCUGACGACGACGACGACGAGAAAUCCGACAACGCUAAAUGCGACGAGAAGUCGGACGACGACAACAUGUCCAUCGACGAGUUCGACGUCGAGGCUCAGAUGAAGAAGAUCACUGGCGACGACGGGAACGACUACAAAGAGAAGAUAGACACCAGCUCGGAGAAGGACAAGAGCAUGGAUGGUAUAGAGGGUCUGAUGGACAGCUCCAAAGAGGACUCCGAGUCCGAUGACAAGGAGAUGGACGACGUCAAGUACGAGCCGUCCUUCAAGUCCUUCGACAUGAACCACGAGGAGAGAUUGUUCAAGGAGUUCGAGAGCAAACCCGAACGGGACGACGUUCUGGAGGAGGAUGCGAAGGCAGUGGAGCACAGCCAAGAAUCUCAGAAGAUGGAGCAACCUUCUGUCUUCGUUGCUUCCUCGGAGGAGUCUAUAUUCGAGUCCACCUCGUCCAACAUGGACACGGAGUCCAUCGCGGAACCACCCAAGAUGUUCCAUUCCAUUCCACCGUUGAGCGAGCGAAUCCGCAAGAAGGCAGAGGUGACCAGUUCCUCCAAAAGCCAGCUGAACUUCGAGGCGGCCAUUAUUGAGUCUACUAUCGACAUAGAGUCGACGGACGAGUCCAAGAACGGCGAACAGAAGUCCAUGCUUUCCACGGCCUUGAGGGAAUUGCUGGAAGCCAAGCUAGACGAUCUGACCCCCGAGGAGGUCAAGGAAGAGACCAUCGACGAGAACAGCACGUCGUACACCGAGCCAAAGUUAGAGACUCCGGAGCAGAGCGUGGAUCUUCAGGAACCUGCAACCAGGACUGUGCGAACCGAACCCCAACAAGUUCCUCCUGAAGACGCUCCAGCGAAGGAAGAGGAGGUCCCACCCAAAGAAGUGAAGAGAUUGAAGGACCCCAGGACUGUCGUUCCAAACAACAUGCCUGCGCCAGCAUUUAAACCUGAAGUCAGCGCUCCUGUGAAGAGAAAGCUAUCCAUAUCUGAGUACCGUAAGCGCAAGCAACAAUCAUCAGGCACACCUCCAGAACCAGAGCCAUCGAAUGAUGCCUCAACAACAGACAAAGGUGCAGCAAGAGGCAGAUCGAACAGCGCCAGCAGUGGCACAUCUUCCCUGAGCUCCGACGAGGAAACCUCUAAAAUCUCCCUUUCCCUGGACCUACCUGGUCUCAACGCGCUACCGAUCUUCACCAACGCGGAAAACGAUGAGAAAAAAGGUGGUGAAGAAGGCACGAUCGGGUGGUCUGCUGCGCCGACCUUGGUCGAACGUCAACGGGAGAACCUCACGGAGAGAUUGAAACGAGAAUUCGGAUUGUUUCUCAGCGACGACGAGGAGGAAAGAGCACGCAAACACGGUCUGACAGCAGAGGCGAUCCUGAAGGCACGGAAGACGACGUCACCGCCGCAGCCGUCGGUCUCCAGCACGCCGCCGAGCUACCCUCUUCCUCAGCUACCUCCCCAGCCCUACAUCCCUCCCCCCGGCUCCGCGUCCAUCCACUAUCCCCAGUUCCAAGCGAAGCCGUGCCCGGUUCAGUAUCCGACGUUCACGGUCCCCCAGAACGCCCAGCAGCCGAUCUACGCGAACGCCACGGCGCCCGCGUCGUCCACCGCGAAGCAAACGCAGCAGUUCAUGGUGCCCCAGGCGUCGCAAGCACCGCCAGGAUCGAAUCCGUACCCGCCUCAGUUCAUUCCGCCGUCCGCCGCCGCGCUGCCGGCCUCCAAGUUCUCCUCGUCAACGCCGCCGCCGUCGGGGAGCCAGACGUACCCCGGCCAAUCGCAGAAGCCGUUUUACAAUCACCCGGCGUCUAGGUCUUAACCCGCAUAAAAGAUAGCGCCGUUGAAAUGAAUUCCUAGCCGUCGGCUAGCGACCUUUGAUUCCAUUAGAUUAAAUUUUUUAUGUUUCCCUCCGGUGGGAGGAAGGGGAAGUUCGAACGGAACGACGACGAGCGAAAGAGAAGGAAUUAUCGCGGUCUCUUCCGGACGCGGAAGAGGCCGCGAACGAUCCCCAGGUGCUAACCGUUCGCUUGUAGAAACGUUGCGCUACACGAGACGCUCUCGACGGAAUUCGCGUGGCCUAAACGUGAUAGUUAAGUAUAUUGAGGGGACGAACUAGGGUUCGCGCAUUUUAGGUGACACGUCCGAGCGUUCGCGAGGAACUGUAUCGAGCCGUACACUCUUCGUUUAGGCGAAAACGGUGCCCUAACGAUGUUUAUACGUAGCGUUAGUCCAAUUUUUGAUGGAGAAUGUAACUGAAAGGAGGAAGGAGAAUCCAUCCAAGCCGUGAUCGUGAUACUCCUCGACUUGGGUAUAUAUAUAUAUAUAUAUAUAUAUACAGAUACAGACAUACAACACGUAUUAUCCAUACAUGCAUAUUUUUCUGUAAAUAUCAUUUGCUUAUAUGCGUAAUAUAACGAUACGGAACUAUUAUAUUUAAUCUUAGUUAAGAAUCAGCGAUUGGACGGAGGAAAGAGACACGCUGCGCGUUCCGGGUUCGAUUUAAUAACGUUCUUUUCAACUUUCGUUCAAGAACACCUCUUCGAGGUGUAGACGUAGACUCAAGUAGACUCGCGCAGCGAGUCUGGCUCCUUCCGGACGCAACGAAAAUUUGCUUUUUUCGAUUCCAUCGCGAUGGUGAUCGUCGAUUCCAUGGAAGAGCACACAGGCCUGUUUAGGGUAAAUUGUACAGCGCGAAAAGUCUUCUUCCUAGGCCCUAGACUGAUUGUUCCCGCAAAUUUAUAAGUCUGACGCCUUCUUCGAGCCUUUUUUUCUCUCUCGUCGUUUCGAUUUUUCCGCCUCGUUUUUCGUUAACCUUGUUUCCUUGAUCGAUACAAGGUGGAUCCUAUCUAAGAUCAGAGUUCCCGCUGUUAAAGGACAGACCUCGAGUCACCUCGACAGAGCUAGUCAGACCUUGAGCUUUGAGAUCGAAGAUUCGAAUCGAUAACAGCGACUGCAUUUUGGACUUUUGGUCUGGAUUCAUCGUGUCGAACAUUCGUUUUACUAGUACGAAACUGCGUUAAGGGAGAAUAAAAAAACAAAACUCGUAUACAACUAUAUGCACAGUGGGUGUAGAGAGUAUUCACACCAAUCAAUUUCCAAAAAAAAAAAAAACUAUGGAAAAUUGUAAUUCAUUAACUUAUUUUUGUAUAAACAAUGACAUUCUACAUUCUUGACAUUCUUGGAAAUCUGUAGAAUAGAUAGAGUACCAAACAAUAAUAGCUAUUUAUGUAAGUUGUGAAAUUAACAAGAAAAAAGGAAUCAAUCGAUAGAAAUAUUGAAGCAAUAAGUAUUCGCACAACUG